AAAAUUAAAAAAGAAAAAAGAGUAGAUGCCAGCACAUAUGAAACUCCCUCCGCUCCUCAACACUAUAAAAUAGCGACUCCCGCAACCACCGCUCCUCCGCCACCACCACCUCCUCCGCCACCACUCAUUAUUCCGUACGUUUUCCCCAUUCCCUCUCUCUUCCACGAUUUCCGCCUCCUAAUUCUCCACGGCAUGGACAUGCGCCGGAGGCCCCCGAAACCGCCGUCUCCUCACUCCGCCACAUCCAAAUCCCCCGCCGCGCCUCGAGCCUCCGACGCCCUCCCCCUUCCCCUCUUCCUAACCAACGGCAUUUUCUUCACCCUCUUCUUCUCCGUCGCCUACUUCCUCCUCCACCGGUGGCGCGAGAAGAUCCGCAGCUCCGUCCCGCUCCACGUCCUCACCCUCUCCGAGCUCGCCGCCGUGCUCUCCCUCAUCGCCUCCUUCAUCUACCUCCUGGGAUUCUUCGGCAUCGAUUUCGUCCAGUCCUUCAUCUCCAAAUCCGACGGCGAAAUCGACGAAGAUCGCGCCAUCCAUUGCAGCUCAAUUCCGGAUUCCAUAAUUCCUAAACCGGAGAAUCCCCCAAACCUUCCCGAAGACGAGGAAGAGAUCAUCAAUCGCGUCGUCUCCGGAGAAAUUCCGUCGUAUUCUCUCGAAUCGAAGCUCGGCGACUGCUUCAAGGCGGCCAAAAUUCGGCGCGAGGCGCUGCAGCGGCAGACCGGGAGGUCCGUGGAGGGCCUGCCGCUGGAAGGAUUCGAUUACGAGGCGAUUUUGGGGCAAUGCUGCGAAAUGCCGGUGGGAUACGUGCAGAUUCCGGUGGGGAUCGCGGGGCCGCUGCUGCUGAACGGGCGCGAGUACUCGGUGCCGAUGGCCACCACGGAGGGGUGUUUGGUUGCGAGCACGAACCGCGGCUGCAAGGCCAUUUACGCCUCCGGAGGCGCGGUGUGCGUGCUUCUCCGCGACGGGAUGACUAGAGCUCCGGUUGUGAGGUUUUCUUCUGCUAAGAGAGCAUCGGAGUUGAAGUUCUUCUUAGAGGAUCCUCUCAAUUUUGAUACGCUUUCUGUUGUUUUCAACAAGUCGAGUAGAUUUGCAAGACUACAAGAUAUUAAAUGUGCUAUUGCAGGGAAGAAUCUAUACAUUAGAUUCCGAUGCAGCACAGGUGAUGCGAUGGGGAUGAAUAUGGUUUCCAAAGGUGUCCAGAAUGUUCUAGACUACCUCCACAAUGAGUUUCCUGAUAUGGAUGUCAUUGGCAUUUCUGGAAACUUCUGUUCAGAUAAGAAACCUGCCGCAGUCAACUGGAUUGAAGGUCGUGGAAAGUCAGUAGUCUGCGAGGCUGUCCUUAGCGGAGAUGUGGUGGCGAAGAUCUUGAAAACCACGGUCCCUGCCCUUGUCGAGCUCAACAUGCUCAAGAACCUUACUGGCUCUGCCAUUGCAGGUGCUCUUGGUGGCUUCAAUGCACACGCUGCCAACAUUGUGUCUGCCGUGUUUCUAGCCACCGGGCAGGAUCCAGCACAGAACGUUGAAAGUUCUCACUGUAUUACUAUGAUGGAGGCUGUCAACGAUGGCAAGGAUCUUCACAUUUCUGUAACCAUGCCAUCCAUUGAGGUUGGCACAGUCGGAGGUGGGACUCAGCUAGCAUCACAAUCGGCUUGCCUCAACCUGCUUGGCGUAAAGGGUGCCAGCAAGGAGUCCCCGGGGUCGAACUCACAGCUGCUGGCAGCCGUGGUUGCUGGCUCGGUAUUGGCAGGAGAGCUCUCUCUGAUGUCGGCCAUUGCAGCCGGGCAGCUCGUUAAGAGUCACAUGAAGUACAACCGGUCGAGCAGGGACAUCACGAGACUAGGCUCCUAGCUACUCCGGUAGAGAGAAGGCAAGUAGAAUCCACUCCAAAAGGGCUGCAAGGAAAGAUUAAGCCAUGAGGGGGCAAGGAGAUGGACAGACCAUGUGAGGCUACCUCUGCGCCGAAGCUGGAAAGUCGGCAUGCCAUGUGAAAGCCAACAUGACACAGCCUACCUUCUUCAUCUCGCACGUGAGCAAUCCCCACACAACAAACACACAUUCACAGCCCAUUAGAAUAAGAUCUAUUGACCAGUUUGCAUCAUUGCAUGUACCAUUUGGUUUCUUUAUUAUUUUGUCUUUGUUUGAACUGUUCUGAGUUUGUCCUUAGUCGUUAUUGCAAUCGUUUGUUGCGUUUGUAGUUGCUGAUUUUGAUAGGUUCUAAGAAAUUUGUGGAGCUAGCUUUGUAAUUAUGUGGUGGUGAUGCUGUAGUUUGAAGGAUAAGGCUAAUCGAUGUCGUGGGCUCUAACGUUGUUUGUGAUGCAAUACAGCUGCUGCCUUUUGAUUCUUGAUCA